AUGGUAUUUACAAAAUCCAGUAGCAAAUUCGUAUGGGGGGCUGCCGGAGACGAGCAGGUGGCCUGCCAGCCGGCGGACUUCGACGACCACCGGCCAGUGGCAAGGAGCCCAAAACGACCAUCUCAGGCGCUUCCUGGAUCCCCCCUCACGACCUCCACGGCGCGCGUGGAUCAGUUGCUCCUCAGCCUCGGCGCCGGUGUCGAGGCAGUGCGGCGGCUUGGUUCCUGGACGGAGGCAGUUAGGCGACCCGGCGACCCGCCGUGCCCAGCGGCAGGGGCGAGCGUGGUUGGGGAAAGAGAGUGCGAGGCGGCAGCACAAUGCCGCACGAAAGCCUUUACCUUUUCCAGCUUACGUGCUUCCCCGGCCUCCAUCAUGCUCACCAAAGACAAGCUCCGCCUCGACAGUCUACUCUACGUGUUGUUUAGAGCAACUCUAGCAGAUCCUGCAAAAACGUGUCAUCUGGAAACAUUAUACAGCUACAGCGAGGCACCGGGCAGAGCAGAUCCUUGUACUACAAACGUAUCGACGGCCCAUUCGCCAAAAAAGAAGUGCCAGUCCCGUGGGUUUCAAUCCCCUCCCCGGCCCAUUCGCCAUCACUCCCCCAUCCCCUCCCCCGUGCUCGACGGCGCCGCCGGAGCUUUCUUCUGCCGCCGCGCCAUGUCCACCCCAGCUGCUCGAUCUCGCCCCUCGGAGGACGGACGGAUCAGGUCCUCCUCUUCUCCUCCCAGCGGCAGCGAGACGGCGGCCGAGAGACUCACCGACGACCUCCUCGUUGAGAUCCUCUCGCGCGUGCCCGCCAAGUCGCUCUGCCGCUUCAAGUGCGUCUCCAAGCACUGGCUCGGCCUCACCAACGACCGCAACUACCGCCGGAAGCUCCCCCAGACCCUGACCGGCUUCUACCAGGGGAAUCAAUUGGUAGAUUCAGCUCUCCCCUUCACCAAUGUCUCGGGGAGCCGCCAUCUCACAUAUCCCGCCUUCCUGUCCAACCGCCGGCGGGUCAAGGUCAUGGACUGCUGUAAUGGCCUCCUUCUCUGCUCCUCAUACGUUGCCGGCAACCAUGGCGACGAGUUCCGGUACCUUGUGUGCAAUCCCGCCACAGAGGAAUGGGCCGAGUUGCCGUACUGCGGCUAUUCCGGCCUGGUGGCUACUGAACGCUUGUGUUUUGAUCCUGCCGUGUCCCCUCAUUUCCAUGUGUUUUUAUUGCCGGGGGCGUGUAUGGAGGACCAACAUGGCUACUGUCUUACCGGAGUGCAUGUCUAUUCAUCUGAAACCGGGAGUUGGGUCCAUAAGGAGAAGAGAUGGAGCGGCACUAUUGAUGUCGCUAAUGAUCGGUCAACUGUUUAUCUUAAUGGUUAUCUGCAUUUCUGCGCCAUUGUUGAUGGUUCUGACGGUCGUCUAGCUGCAGUGGACAAGGAGGGGGAAGCAAGGACUAACUUCUAUGUUCCUGAUGGUCUGGAUGUUGGUUUUAUUCAGCUGUCACAGGGCUGCCUGCAUUAUGCUGGUUUUGACACAGAUGAUGAUAAUGUUGUUCGACUGCUAGUUUAUGUUCUUAAAGACUAUGACCGCAAAGAAUGGAUACUGAAGCAUAGCGUCGAAACUUCGCAUUUGCUUGGAGGGCGACACAUAGAAUACCUUGAUGAGUACUUCGAUUGGAUUGCAAUUCAUCCAGAAUGUGACUUGAUCUUCUUCACUGUGGCCCAGGAGGAUAUCACAUUCAUGUGCUAUGAUAUGGAUAGUGGACAAGUUAAUGUGCUCUGCAAUCUUGAAGAUAGCCAGCAGGCAUAUUUUCCGUAUGUGCCACUAUAUGAAGAGUUACAAUCGUUGCACAAGUGACGUCUUAUGUGUGCUAUGAUAUGGAUAAUGGACAAGUUAAAGUGAUCUGCAAUCUUGAAGGCGAGCUGCCAUAUUCUCAAUAUGUGCCGCUAUAUGAAGAGCUACAAUCGUUGCACAAGCGAUGUCUUAUUCAUGCUAUGGAGCAGUGGGCAUGGUAUGUCUGCUUGAAUUUGGUCCUCCUUUCUCUGAUGUAUGCAUGUGUUUAAGUUUGGAGCAAUGCUGGUUCGUUCUGGGGGCACUGCAGCUGAUUUCUCUCUCAGACUAGUUAUUCAAAGUUUCAAUGCACCUUCUGUUGUGUGUACUUGUUUUGUCUUGGUAGACCAAUGGUUCUGGACAACGGGAGAUUGUGAUACACUUUGGAUGAUUACAUUAUCACUUCUUUUGGUGCUA